AUGGAAGACCAACAGGAUUUAAUGACCAGUGAAUUUCACAGCCAAAUUCAAGAAGCAAUGAAGAAAGGUGUUGCUGAAGGAGUUGCAAAGAUCAAUGAGCAUUUAGAAGAGCAGAAGAACACUCCACUGAACAUCGCCAUCACUGGAGAAUCUGGCUCUGGAAAAUCCACCUUCAUUAAUGCUUUCAGAGGCAUAAACAACAGCGAUGAAGGAGCCGCUCCAACCGGAGCUGUUGAAACCACCACAGAGGUCAAACCGUAUCCUCACCCGAACCACCCCAAUGUCACAUUAUGGGAUCUCCCUGGUGUUGGAACCCCCAACUUCCCAGCUGAUGAGUACUUGGAGAAGGUUGGAUUUGAGAGAUUUGACUUCUUCAUCAUCAUCGCAGCGGCUCGAUUCAAAGAAAACGAUGUGAAACUCGCUCAGGAGAUCAAGAGGAUGGGGAAAAAGUUCUACUUUCUUCGUUCGAAGAUUGACAGUGAUUUAUACAACGAGGAAAGAAGCCAAAAAAACUUUGACAGACAGAAGACUCUCAACGACAUCAAAGAAAACUGCAUUAAAGGUCUUCAUCAUCAAGGCAUUGAGGCUCCACAGGUCUUCCUGGUGUCCAGCUUUGAACUCCACCAGUUUGAUUUCCACCUGCUGGAAGAAAUAUUAGAGCGAGAGCUUCCUGCACACAAGAGGAACGCUUUUCUCUACGCUCUGCCCAAUAUCAGCAAGGAGAUCAUCAAGAAGAAGAAGGAUGCUUACCAAGCACAAAUCAAGUAUUAUGCUGUUGUGUCUUUUCUUGGAGCAGCUGUACCGCUCCCGGGUCUUUCUGUCGCUGUUGAUCUGGUUUUGGUGAAGAAAGUUUUGAAGGAAUAUGUGAUCGGGUUCGGGCUUGAUGAGAAGUCACUGAAGAGGCUUGCUGACUCCUCAGGUGUACCGUACUCCAUUCUUGUUUCUGUCAUGACUUCGCAGCUGGGAGCAACAACAAUCACCCCUCAACUCAUCCAGAAUCUGUUGAGCCAACUUGCAAUGGGAUCAGCAGUAAUAGCUGCAGAGGAAAUAUCCAGAUUCUUUCUUGUUAUUGGGAUUCCAUUAUCAAUGUGCCUCUCUGGUUAUUCCACUUACAGAAUUCUGAAUUUUUUGCUCGACCUGGUCGCUGAUGAUGCUCAGAGACUCUUUGAAAAGGUUGUUAAAAAAACCAGUGAAGUGUGA